AUGAUUGUGAUUCUGACCGGUACUCUUCAAGUGCAUUGCUUCGAUCCGCGAGGGACGUCACCGUUAUGGAUACGUUUUAUCAUCGCUGUCCUGCGUGCAUGGUUUUUUGUGUACGAUUGCUUGAACUACAUUCCCUAUGAGUUAUUCAACUCACCGAGUGCGAAAUUGCAAAAAAGUGAACGCACUAAGGCAAAACCCGUUAAAGAUUUGGAUAGCCCGUGGCGUAACGUGGACGGACAGUUGUAUGAGGAUUUUCCUGGCGAAGAUACCAUUGAUAAGCUUUUUACACAUGCUGUGAAGUUGUUUGCUGAUAGACCUGCCCUGGGUACACGUGAAUUAUUGGAGGUUCAUGAGGAAAAGCAACCAAAUGGACGAAUCUUUGAGAAGGUUGAAAUUUUUGAUUUAAACUUCUGA